AUGUCUGCCGACGGCGUCUACAUUACCGACAACUACUCCGAGCCCAUGGCUCCUCAGCACAACUUCGCCAACAACUUCGACUUGGACAACCCAGGCCGCGCCAUGUCUUCGUACGCUCGUAUCAUGCACGAACACACCAAGAAGCAACUGAGCACCGCUACCAGCUCCGCUCGCCGACGGUCACAGGGUUUCUCCCCCGACUCAUCAAGCAACGACUCUGUCAGCUCUGUUCGCUCCAACGACUCAUAG